AUGGCUUAUUUUUCCAAUUUCAUUCAAAAAUGUCAAUUCGAAGGGUGUAGAUAUCAUGAUUUUCUUCCACAUAAAUGUGAAUAUUGUGAAUUAUUGUUUUGUGAAUUACAUAAAAAGGCACAAGACCAUGUAUGCUCUAAAUUAAAAUACUCUGAUUUGAAAAAAGUUAUUUUAUGUGAAUACUGUAAUGCAGUUAUUCCUGAUGAAGAAGAAGAGAUAAAUUGGCAUUUACUUUAUAAAUGCACUUAUGUAAAAAAAACAAAUAAACCAAAAAUAUGUGAUAGAGAAAAAUGUAAAACGGUUUUGAAUGAUAUUAAUAGCUAUUUUUGUAAGCAGUGUAAAAAGAGUUUUUGUUUGUCCCACCGAUAUGAUUUUACGCAUAAGUGCAUUGCUGAUAAGAAACAUAAGAAGGGCUUUUUUGAAAAGUACUUUUUUUUUCAUAGAUAUUUUUAA